AGGUUUUAUGUGGAAAUGAUAAAAGGGCAAAAGUGAGAAGCAGAGCUAUGCGGUGUUUGUAUUCGUUUUGGGUUCGUUCAAGUCAUAACGGCAUAAGUGUAACGGAAAUACCGUUGCUCUUGAGCCACAGGCCUCGUUACCCAUUUGCAGAACUGCUCCUAUGAACAUAUCCUAUCAUCAACACCAUAACCAUUAUCAUCUUCAUCGUAUUUCAUCGUAGAAACCCAUCUCAAUCAUCCCCACCAAUCUCUGAAUGAGGUUGGUGGGCGUUUCGUAGGCAGUUUCAGAUUCUCUGGACAUAACUUGGGGGGAAUUGGGUUUGGGAAGGAGCGCCUCUGCAACACCUUAUUCUUUCGGGUUCUUCUUCUUCCCCCAUUCCCCCCUCAUGGGUUUGUCUUCUGAUAACUUGAAAGGCCUUUUCUUGGCCAUUUCCUCUAGUUUUUUUGUUGGAUCCAGCUUUAUAGUGAAGAAGAAAGGCCUCAAGAAAGCAGAGGCUAAAGGACGAAGAGCAGGUUCAGGGGGGCACUCGUACUUGUAUGAGCCUUUGUGGUGGGCUGGGUUGCUGACAAUGAUUAUUGGUGAGGUAGCUAAUUUUGCUGCUUAUGCAUUUGCUCCUGCAAUUCUUGUAACUCCGCUGGGGGCUUUAAGUAUUAUUUUCAGCGCAGUGCUAGCUCAUUUUAUAUUGAAUGAGAAAUUGCACAUAUUUGGCAUUCUUGGCUGUUUUCUUUGUAUGGUGGGCUCUGCCAAUAUUGCCUUACAUGCUCCACAAGAAAAAUCCAUUGAAUCAGUAAAGCAAUUAUGGCAACUAGCUACUCAGCCAGGUUUCAUUGUCUACACUUGCAUUGUUUUGAUUAUGGUUCUCAUCCUCAUUUUCUUGUUUGUGCCAAAAUAUGGGCAAAAAUAUAUGGCAGUAUACAUUGCGAUCUGCUCACUGAUGGGAUCUCUUACGGUUAUGAGUAUGAAAGCAUUGGGAAUUGCUCUGAAGUUGACAAUUUCAGGAUCGAAUCAGCUCAAAUACUUCCAGACAUGGUUCUUCACUGUGGUGGUGGUUGUCUGUUGUGUCAUGCAGCUGAACUAUUUGAACAAGGCAUUGGACACUUUUAACACUGCUGUUAUAUCUCCUGUCUACUAUGUUACGUUCACCUCAUUCACAAUCAUUGCCAGCAUGAUCAUGUUUAAGGACCAGGACUCACAAAAUGCAUCACAAAUUGCAACAGAAUUGUGUGGCUUUCUGACCAUUCUUUCUGGGACAUUCCUCCUCCAUAAGACCAUGGAUAUAGGUGAUGCUAUCGCCCUAAAAUUAUCUAUCUUUGCAAGUCCAAAUACUGAACCCAAUAUCUGCAAAAGUCCCAAGAAUGAACCUCCGAACUUCUCAAGUCCAGACAAUGGACCUCCCAAUCUUAACAAGUCCGAAAAUGAACCUUAUAUCUUCACAAAUUCAAAGUCAACCUCCAGAUAGGUAUGGAAAUCAAAAUUUAAUCUUGGAUUUAUAAUCUCUGGAGUUGUACCCCAUUGGAAAAUGCUCUCCUCUAAUUUUAAAGAAGAAAAUGGACAUGUUAAUGCAAGAACUUGAUGAUGUCCACAUAGCAGUCAACCCAAAACUGACAAAAACAUUUUAGAGGUCUCAUGGGUAGAAAAAACAUCUAUAGAAGUCUACUGAGUGGUCUUCAUGACUUGUGAUGCUAAAUUUUGAGGUUUUUUCCACUAUCGUACUUUGUGAACCCACCAUACUAGAUGAUAGUUAGUUUGUUAAAGGAAUUUUAGUGUUUUAUUAUGUAUAAUUAUGAUUACAGAUGUUUAGUUUGUUGAAGGAAUUUUAGUGUUUGAUUAUGUAUAACUAUGAUUACAGGGUGUUCUAGGAGGUUCAUAUAGUUGAUGUAAAAAUAAGCACACUCUAUUUAAUUAUUCACUUGUGCAAUCUGCAUUCGAACACUAAACAACCUCAUGAUCCUGUGAAGCUAAAUUCAAGGUGAAAUAUUCAUUCUGUGCA